AAACAUGAUCCUUCACUUUCAAUCCAUGAGAUUCAGAAUUGUAAUGAUUCUGAUCUUAUUCUCCAAAACUUUAUCAGACACAUCUCCCACAUGUUCUGUGGUGCAAGGACUUCCAGGUCUUAAUGGACGAGAUGGGAGAGAUGGGGCAAAUGGACUAAAGGGGGAUCCAGGUCCCCCUGGGGUGCCAGGAAUACCAAGUAUUAGAGGUAGUAAUGGACCACCUGGAAAAGUAGGACCUAAAGGAAAUCAUGGCGAUACAGGAUUGCCAGGUCAAAAGGGGAACAAAGGUGAUGACGCUAAAGAAACAGUUGCAAGUAUACAGCGAACCCUAUUGUCUAUUGAAAAACAAUUGCGUGAUUUGCAAUCCAGCAUGGCCAUCCAGAAAAAAGCUGUGUUGUUUGGUAGAGGAGCCAGCACUGGAAAUAAAAUAUUUACUGCAAGUGGAAAGGAGGGCACUUAUGAUGAAUCAAAAUUAAUUUGUUCAAAAGAAGGAGGUCAGAUGGCUACACCGCAGAACGAAAAAGAGAACCAAGCUGUUUUAGAUGUUAUCCAGCAAUACAACCGCUUUCCUUACCUGGGAAUUACUGACAAACAAACUGAAGGUACUUUUAGAUACUCAAAUGGAGAAAUAAUUAAGUAUUCAGAUUGGAAGCCUGGAGAACCUAACCAGACAGGGGACGAGGAUUGUGUUGAAAUGAAUCUGGAUGGUAAAUGGAAUGAUCGAGUAUGCUCGGAAAAACGUCUGAUUGUAUGUGAAUUUUCCUGAUUAUCGAAAAAUUAAAAUAUCAAUAAACGUGAUUGUAUUUGAAUAA